AUGCGUUACACUACUCUCACUGUUCUGGCUCUUGCCCUCCUCACCGGCAAUGCGUUGACGGCUCCUGCUCCUCAAUUCGGCGGCGGCGGCCGUGGUGGCGGUGGCGGUGGUGCCGUUGGAGGUGCCGGCGGCUUUGGCGGCCGUGGAGGUGGUGGAGCCGGCGGAGCUGGUGGUGCCGGAGCUGGUGGUGCUGGAGCUGCCGGUGCCGGCGGCGCAGGAGCCGCUGGUGCUGGCGGUGGUGGCCGAGGCCGAGGCGGCAACGGCGGAGCCAACGCAGCCGGCGGCGGCGGCAACAACGGAGGCAAUGCCAAUGCCAAUGGCGGUAACAACGGAGGCAAUGCCAAUGCCAAUGGCGGCAACAAUGGAGGCAAUGCCAACGCCAAUGGCGGAAACAACGGCAACAAUGGCAACAACGCCAAUGCAGGAAACAACGGUGGAAACGGCAACAAUGCUAAUGCCAACGGAGGCAACAACAACAACAACGCCAACAAUGGAAACAACAACAACAAUAACAACAAUGCGAACAACGGCAACAACAACGCCAACAAUGGAAACAACAACAACAACAACGGAGGUAACGACCAAGCCACCGAUGCCGCUGCCGCCGCCGACAACGAGGGCCUGGCUUGCACCGACGGAUCCGGAGCCGGUUCCUGUGAAGCUGACGGACAAUGCACCGUCAAUGGCACCACUGCCAUCAUCGAGGGACAGUGUGGUCAGUAA